AUUUAUUCGAUAUUAAAUGUCUACAAAAUGGCAAUAAAACAAUGUAGAUAAAUUUAUACAUAUAUAGGUACCAAUAAGAUUAAAUUUUAAUGAUGAUGAUGAUCCUUUUGAAGAAGAAAUAGGUAUUUUAAGUUCUUAAAUUAUAGAUAGACUGAGAUAGUAAAAAGAAAUGUAAUAAAAGUUAAAAUAAUAACAAGCGGCUAUUCUCGAUCAUAAUAAAAAGGUAUCUAACCUUAUGAAAUUAGGCGGAAUAAUUAAGAUAAUAAAUUGUGAAAGAUAUAUUGCCAAAACACAAAGGUUUAUAACUUGCAUAUGAUUAUGAUGGGACAUUUAUGUUGGCAAAAGAUCAUACAUAAGUAAGAAAUAAUUAAAGAGCACCUGAAAUUCAGUACUUAUUUUAAAAAUUAACAAUAGCAAAAUAACUUAAGUUGAUACAGUUUUUUAACCAUAGAAACCAGUUUAAUAAGCUGUUAUAGAAAAUGAUAAAGUAAAAAAAGAGUAACUUCGUUAAUCAAAGGCCAAAACUAAUCCACCUUAAAUAUUUGAGGCAUCAUUAACAAAACCAUUUGAUGGAUUCACUCCUAAUCAAGGAGUAAAAUUGAUUUAUCAAGAUUAAAAUUAAGAAGUUAUAAAACAAUAAGAUAUGUAAAAUUGGGGAGAUGGAUAAAGAAUGACAAAAAAGUAAUUUGAAGCUCUUAAGAGUGAAGGUUUUAAAUCAACAACAUAUUCAAUGAAAUAAUAAAUGCUUCAAAAAAUUAAUUCAGAUAUUGUUGAAAUACAGGAGCCUAAGAAUACUCCAAAUUUAGUAGAAUCCUUUAAUUAACUUAAUGAGUUAAAGAUUUCCUAGUCCUAUACCAACUUUAAGUAACCUCCAACUUAAUAAAAUAUAUAGAAAAUACCUUAAACAGCAUAAAAUAGAAAAUAAGGAAGUAAAAUUAAUGUUGUUGAUAAAAAUUUACUUGAUCAAUUACUUUCUUGAUUUAC